CACCAUGUGGGCACUAACAGCCCUCUUUCUCCUAGUUCAAAGCAGUGGGCAAGCUGCUACACUGGAGAAGCCCUUAUUGUCUCUACACCCACCUUGGACCACCAUCUUCAAGGGGGAGCGGGUAACCUUGCGAUGUGAUGGAUACCACCCUGUGCUCCUGGAGCUCCGGCCUAUCAACACUCUCUGGUAUUUGGGCCACCUACUUCUGCCCUCCCAUAAGAAGAGCAUCGAGGUACAGACACCAGGAAUAUAUCGGUGCCAGACGCGGGGAGCACCUGUCAGUGACCCCAUUCAUCUCUCUGUAUCUAAUGACUGGCUGAUUCUGCAGGUGCCCUAUGCCGCGGUGUUCGAGGGCGAACCGCUGGUUAUGCGCUGCCGCGGCUGGUACGACAAGGUGGUCUACAAGCUUCACUACUACCACGAGGACCAGGCUGUACGCUAUUUCCACUCUAGCACCAACUACACAGUGUUGCAGGCGCGUGCGAGCGACAGUGGGCGUUACCAGUGUUCUGGCACCAUGCGCAUCCCGGUAGAGAGCGCGCCCAUGUUCUCCUCCAAGGUGGCUGUGACCGUGCAAGAGCUGUUCCAGACACCAGUGCUGAGGGUUAUGCGCCCUCAGGAGAUCCGCGGCGCAGCGCACCGCGGGGUGGUCCUGCGCUGCGAGACGCGCCUGCACCCACAGAAGCGCGACACGCCACUGCAGUUCGCCUUCUACAAGUACAGUCGCGCUGUUCGCCGCUUCGACUGGGGCUCUGARUACACGGUCCCAGAGCCCGAGGUCGAAGAGCUUGAAGCGUACUGGUGCGAGGCGGCUACCGCCACUCGCAGCGUCCGGAAACGGAGCCCUUGGCUGCAACUCCCAGGGCCGGGCUUCCCUCUGGAUCAGGCGUCCACCACCGCUCCAGCUCCACAAGCUGCAGCCUUCGCUCCAGGUAACAAGCCGUUCUCCUUCAGAAAGCCCCCAGUGUCCAGAUCGGUCCAGUCCGUCACCUCCAUCCCAAAYGCCACCUUAGCUGGGCUGCAGUUCCCAGGAGGCAGCGCCCCCACUGUUGAGUCACCCGCCUGCGCUCCGCCGACGCUCUUGGAACAAUCCGCUGGAGCUCUGAAACCCAAWGUAGACCUUUUGCUCCAAGAAAUGCAGCUACUCAAAGGCCUUUUGAGCCGGGUGGUUCUGGAAUUGAAGGAGCCACAAGUCCUCCCAGAGUUCAAGGGAACACCCGAAACCCCCACUUCCCACUUUGCUUUGAGCCGGGGAACCCUCGAGACGACUCCUGUGGAGAGCUGAAUUACGGAUACCUUCUUCUCUCCAGGUUCAUUUUCUCAGAUCUCUCCUACUUCCCCUAGCGCGCAGACCUUUCUGAGCUAUCUCUGCGUCCCUUUGUUUUGCUGUGGUUUUAAAAGAAGUCCGUAUAAAGUGUGGUGGUUGAUGAUUUCGACCUCACACAGCAGCUGGUAACCACAAGCAUUGUCUUUGAUGUG